CGCAGAGGUUUCCGGCUUUUUACUUUCACUUCUUUCCCCCCAUCUUUCACCCUCACACACGGAGCACAAAUCCACCUUCUCACCUUAGCUGCGUUUCCUUUUUCUCUCACCCCUUGCCCCCUCUUUUUGGGAACAUUUACUCUAGCGAAGCACCCUUCUCUUCUGGGGGAAAAAAAACCCAAAAACUUUCACCGCCUCACUUCGCCACCUCAAGUUGAACGACCUCCACCGGACUGUCACCGCAGCCGUAGCCCGCUUUGGGGCACUUUCACCCGGCCAGCACGCACUUGGCGCCGCGGCAGCAGCAACGGAAGCAUCCUCAACAUGAGCCUCAAAACGGACACGGAGCCCAACAACAACGUCUCCAUGGAGGAGGAGGUACGAACACUGUUCGUCAGUGGCCUCCCAGUCGAUAUUAAACCACGAGAGCUCUACCUUCUCUUCAGGCCAUUUAAGGGUUAUGAAGGGUCACUGAUUAAGUUAACAUCAAAACAGCCUGUUGGGUUUGUAACCUUUGACAGCCGAUCUGGAGCUGAAGCUGCAAAAAAUGCUCUCAAUGGCAUCCGUUUUGACCCCGAAAGCCCCCAGACCCUGCGCUUAGAGUUUGCUAAAGCCAACACGAAGAUGGCAAAGAGUAAGCUGAUGGCCACACCGAACCCCACAAAUAUCCACCCUGCUCUAGGAGCACACUUCAUUGCACGGGACCCAUACGACCUGACAGGGGCGGCGCUCAUCCCGGCCUCCCCGGAUGCCUGGACCCCUUACCCACUCUACACGACGGAGCUGACCCCCGGCCUUCCUCACGCGGCCUUCACUUACCCAGCAGCGGCAGCCGCCGCCGCAGCCCUCCACGCCCAGGUGAGGGACCAACCGAUGCGCUGGUACCCUACUCCGUCUGAGACUUCCCAGCCCGGAUGGAAGUCCCGGCAGUUUUGUUAGAUAUUUAGCCUCUGGAAACCCCACCUUUGUCCAGUUGAAGUGAGGUUUGCAAGUUCUUAAUUUAAUCUGGUUUAUUUAAUGGACAGAUGUGCAUUAGAAACAGUAUUUAUAUCUCCUCCAAAUUGUGUCUGGGGGGGGUUAAACCAUCUUUGCUGUCGACAAUCACCCAUAUGCUACUGUUGUGGUACCAUCUCAGCACUUGAUAGAAACUCGUGUUACUAGUCAAAGCUCCAUGGACCACCGUCGCUGAGGAAAACGACCACCUUUUGAAGUUAUUGUAACGUCUCUGACGGACCACUGGCCCCAGAAGGUUUAGCUGCGUGAAGUCGUUGCAUGUUCAAGUCUUUCUGGCAUGAAUUUAGAACAGAGUUGUGUGUAUCCUGGUUUUCUUAGUUUGUGUUGCCCCUUUACCUUUUGGUCUAGACAGCGAAAUGUUUUGUUGUUCUGUGUAGCUCGUUGGUCUUACCUCCAUCCCCAUGUUCAUGACAACCCCCAUGCCCUGUGCUCAUAUCGGUGUCAUUAUUUCAGCAAAAUCAAGUACAAGUAUUUUGUACUUUUUGCAUAUUGUGUAUAUUUAUGCAUUUUUGUGCAACUAAAUGAACAUGUAUAAGUUGGAUGUUUAGUCGUCUCUUGUAUUUUGGUGUUUUGAUCCAAUAAUCCUGUUUAAAUAGUUUUAGAGGAAGAAAAGUGCAAUUUGUUUCAAUGGGAAGUGGGUGUCUGUCAAAAUAUUCAGAACGUGGCGCGUGCCAGUCUGCUAAAAUGAGAUUGCUGUAAAAUGAUCUUUCAGAAUGUGAAACUGGACUACAAAUGUAAAGGGUUGCUUUUUGGGUGCAAUUUUGAAAUGGGGACACAUGAUUCGAGAGAUGGAGGAAUUUAGUUUGUGGUUUAGAAACAAGUUUUGUCUUUGUGUCUGCUGUGCAUAAGAUGUGUUUAAAAAAAAAAAAAAAAAAAUCCCAUCUUAUGAAUAAAAGAAGUGAAUGCAUUUUUCUGGUG